CGCGCACGCGAAUAAGUUCUCGCCGCCGCCUCACUCGCCGCCCGCCCUUCGUCUGCGAGUGGUAGAGACGGAGUCCGAGGUGCUCUCUGCCCUCCUCGCCUUCUCCGCCGCCCUGAUCGAUGCCGUAGUGCUUCUUGGUGCCCCGUCCACUUCUCCGCCGCCUCCCCCGAAGGUUAAGGAAGCGUGAACUACUACCGCUGAAGAUGAGCUGCCAGAAGUUGAGCCGUCAGUCUCUGCAUUUGGUGUUGAGCGAGGGGCGCUGCUUGUACUCGCUGAGGCACAUGGACGUAUCGAAGCUCUUCUACCCAUCAACGGCAGAAGCACUGGAAGCAGAGGCUAAAGCUAAGAUGAAGAAGAAUGGCAUCAAUAAAAUAGGGAGCAUCGGCCGUUUGCCUAAACCGAGCAUACACUACCAACCAUACACGGCGCCUGUGUCUAAUCCCUACAGUUCGAUUAGUGCGUUCGCUCUCGUUGGCGAGAGCAAGAACAAGAUCCUCUGCUCGGACGCGGCAGGCAACACCAGCAUCUACAACACCGAGUUGCGCUCCUUGAUUGCCAUGCCCGAGCUGAAUUCGCCCAAGGGACCUAAUUAUGUGGCUGUCUCCAUGCCGGGUGCCGCUGCCCACGCCAAGUCUGACUUUGACAAUCACACAGACAGCCUGUACAUCAUGGAUAUGAACCCUGCCAGAUCGUGCUGUUUCGAGGUGCUUGCCUAUGACCCUGUGGGGAACUGGUGUUGGGGUCCACUCCCGGAGCCGCCAUUCUUCGAGGACCCAGAGUAUGAGGCCCCCCUUAAGGCUCGCUUCACGGUGGUCGACGGCACCAGAAUAUGUGUGUCAACCACCACGGCGACCUACUCCUUCGACACGGUGACCUGUGAGUGGAACAAGGUGGGUGAUUGGGUGCUGCCCUUCAAAGCUGAGUAUGUCCCUGAGCUGGGCCUCUGGCUUGGCUUAUCAGAUCGCGGCCCCUAUGACUUGUGCACGUUGGACAACCUCUCCACUGCCGUGGACUCUUCUCCGCCGACGGUGCAGCAUGUCGGGAAGGAAUUUGAACUGCCAGAGAGCUGGUCGCAGAUAACGCGUGCCUUGGUGAACCUUGGCUCACGGAGGUUUUGCAUUGCCAAUGGCUUCGUUAUUGACAAUGACCAGGACGAGUAUGAGUUUAACCCGGUGACUGUCUUCACCGGUGUGGAGGUGUUGCCCAGUGAAGGGGUGCUCCGCAUGAUCAAGCACAAGUCCAAAUGUUUCAUCACUCUCAUCAGGUUCGUGCUCUGAGGUCAUCGAUCCUCAUUGUAGUUUUAGAGACCAAAUUGGAUUGUAUUCCUGGAAAACCAAGCUAAAAAAUCAAGCUGGUGUUGAG